AUGUUUUCCAAUGGGUUUCGUUGGUCCGCCAACAGUCCGUCAGUUCUCCUUUGGCAGCCGACUAGCAGCCAACCGCCAACUUGCGUCUCCUCAGUUGUCAUUCAGGCUCAGGAAGAUGCAAUCAAUUACGAAGCUCUCAAUCUUGCCGAAGUUUAUAAAGAACACUGUGUUGAGAUGUUUGAAAAAUGGUGGAACUGUAAAGAAAUUGACCUCGGAUUCUGUUUGAACUGUAACUUCUAUUCGGAUAAGCUGGAAAUUUGUAUAUCCUGCGAACUCAAACAGCGAAAUUCUGCGCUUCACUAUAAACCUGGACUCCAAGAAACACAAUUGCAGUUUAAUUAUGAUGGAUUGGCUACGUUACCGAUGAGAUGGCAAUGUGAAGAAUGUGAAAAAAAGGCUUCAGGCAAAUUGGAUGCACCAAUAUUUCGGAAAUUCGAGGCUGGAAAGAAGGAGAGGAGAACUGACUCGUGGAUGCAAUCAUCUGAAAAGCAGAUUAGAGAAACAACAGGAUAA